GCCCCGGUCCCGGCAGGUGCCGGAGCCGCGCGGCCCCGCCCCGGCCCGCCCGCGCUGAGGGCGGAGGGCGGCGGAGCGGCCGCGGCUGCCGGGGCUCUGGGCUGGGCCGCGCCGCUGCCCGUCCCGCAGCGCUCCGUGGAGACAGGAGCGAGAGCGGCGGACGCAGCGACCGCGCGAGGCAUGAACCGGGCUCAGCGCGGGGCCGCGGGCAGCCGCGGCCUGGGCACCAUGGAGGUGAAGAGCAAGUUCGGGGCAGAAUUUCGACGAUUUUCUCUGGAGAGAUCCAAACCUGGAAAGUUUGAGGAGUUCUAUGGAUUACUGCAGCACGUGCACAAGAUCCCAAACGUUGAUGUUCUGGUGGGAUACACGGACAUUCAUGGAGACCUGCUGCCUAUCAAUAAUGAUGACAACUAUCACAAAGCAGUUUCUACAGCCAAUCCUCUCCUCAGGAUUUUCAUUCAGAGAAAAGAGGACGCAGACUACAGUGCCUUCGGGACGGACACCGUGACGAGGAAGAAGAACGUCUUAUCCAACGUGCUGCGUCCCGACAACCACAGGAAGAAACCCCACAUUGUCAUUAGCAUGCCCCAGGACUUCAGGCCCGUGUCCUCCAUCAUAGACGUGGAUAUCCUGCCCGAGACCCACCGCAGGGUGCGGCUCUACAAGUACGGCACCGACAAACCGCUGGGCUUCUACAUCCGCGACGGCUCCAGCGUCAGGGUCACCCCGCACGGCCUGGAGAAGGUGCCGGGCAUUUUCAUCUCCAGGCUGGUCCCCGGGGGGCUGGCUCAGAGCACGGGUCUGCUGGCUGUCAAUGACGAGGUGCUGGAGGUGAACGGGAUAGAGGUGUCGGGAAAAAGCCUCGAUCAAGUUACGGACAUGAUGAUUGCCAACAGCCGCAACCUGAUCAUCACGGUCAGACCCGCCAACCAGAGGAACAACGUCGUGAGGAACAGUCGGACUUCGGGCAGCUCCGGCCAGUCCACCGAGUCCAGCCUUCCCAGCAGCACUCCAAACAUUCUGGGGAAUCUGCUGCAGGGAGAAGAGGAGAGCGAUGAGGAGGACAUUAUUAUUGAAGACAGCGGCGAGCCACAGCAGAUCCCAAAAGCCGCGCCUGCCAGCGAAAGCAUAGAAUCCUUAUCGCAAAUCGAACUCCUCCACGAGUCCACGCAAAAUGGAUUCCUUCCUUCCAGUGAGAUGAACUUGAAUCACUCAACAGGCAGCAUUAGCAUGGAGUAUGAAGUCCAAGAGCCAGGGCGUAAGUCCUUGGAAGAAGAUGGAACUAUAAUAACACUAUGAAAUGACAUUGGUGUGCUUUGUGUAAGCGAGGAGAUGCCAUACGUGUUUUAAUUGGGCUUAAUAUGUAACACAUUUUAUACCUCUCCAUCUACCAAGCACUGCAGUUAGAUUAAAAGGAAGGAAAAAAGUAAAUUCAAGAAAAUCAAAACUACAUAAGUUGACUAACUUCAUUAAUUCUGCACUUCAGUGUAAAUAAUUCACAAAGCUGGGCGAUAAUUGAUAAAUAGCUGAAAUUGAAUGAGGAAAAUUUAAAUUGAAAAUGAAGGAUAGCUAAGAGAUGGCUGUGAACUUUCUUUUAAAGGUACUUGAUUUUUAUUAUUUUUUUACACGGUAUACUACUGGUUCUAUAGAAGUAAACUUCCCCACGUGUGCGUCCCGUGGGCUGUGGUUUCACGUUCCUCUGAAGUGCAGCUUAGUGUGAUGGAGCUGCCCUCACUCCUGUCCUGGCUGCUGCUCCCCUGGCAGAGCUGUGCGUGGGCUCUGGGCAGGAGGGGACAGGGAGAGGGCCACAGGUGGGCUGGGACGAGAGGGGGUGGCUGGUCUGGUCCUGGCUGACGCAGGGACAGCGGGGCUUUGGAGGUCACUGGUGCUUUGUGAGUGAAUGUGCAACCACAGGCACGUUAGUCAGGCACCAUUACUGGAUUUAAUGGCCAGGCAAGCUUACUUUUAAUGACUCUGAUUUUGAGAUUCAGAUGUGAAGGUCUUAACACUAAUGCAUCAAAGACCAGUUCUCGUUCUGGUUUGCAAUAUUUAAGGAUAUCAUUGGAUUUAGUUACUAAUCCCAGUAAAUUACAAACAAAUCAAAUGUAAACUUAAUGCUAUGGAAAUAGCAUAAUGUAAUCUCUGUUACACUCGCAGUCCUGGUAGGAACUGUAAUGAUUUCUACUAGCAAAGGCUUAUUGGAAUGAGUCUGGAUGAUACACAAGUGACUUUCUUCAAACCUGAACAAGUUAGAACAGUCUUGUUAAAUCCCUGGAUUAAAACAAGUUUUACAUCA